CGACUGUUUUUCUUGAUAAAGCCAGCUUUAAAAGUUUCUUUCUCAAUUUUAAUUACUUGAGCUUAGAUCAAACAGUUUAAUGUCGAGCUCAAGUUCGAAUAGCAACGAGUUAAUUUCUCCAGUCGAGCAGAAGCUUCCGGGUGUCAUUCUUAUUUCGAGUCAUUUCCAUUGGGUCUUUUCUUUCCUUUGAGUUUUUUUAGUCGCAAAGUAACGACUCUUUCGAGUCUUGAGAUGUACAUUUUGAUCAAGUAAGUCUCUGGCAAUAGAAAAUACGCUCGUCCAAUUCAUACAGACUAAUGUGAGAAAGCAAAUUUGGACCCAGGGCUUUGAAGGCAUUGAAAGUGGAAUUGCAAACGAACCAAAGAUAAUCCAGAAUCGUAUCCAGAAAAUCCAGAGGCUCCAGACCGAGUUCCUGAUGGGUUUCCAACUACCGAAGAUACUGUGGAAGUCACUGGGAAAUAUAACCAGGGCUCAAAGAAGAUUUGAUGAGGCUAGAAGGGAAUUUACCAUGCAGAAUAGAAUAUCGAGCAGAACCAAGCCUUACUUGAUCAAUUUACAUUGUCAAUCGUUACCUUUUCGGAUUGGUUGCAUAUUGAGGAGUAGUAUGUCCGAUUCUAUCGGCAAGCCAUGUCCUCUUCGCCGUGGAGGGGCGACCGGUAGGGCCAAUAGACUGACGAUGUACGAUGAUAAAGAGAUGACGAUGCACGCGAUGGGCCCGCCUUUAGGUCAAGUGGCACCAGGUUGGUUUCUGAGGUGUCCGGGUGAGAGAGAGAGCCUCGAGGCACUGGGUACGCCUACCACCUACCUACCCACGUAUCCAGCGAAACGCGCCGAUACUCACAGAUAAUCCGGAGACAGGUCGUUAACACAGUCAUUGGAAACUCGUCUGCGACCGCCAAUUUCCGAUUUAUCAAGAAUUCCUGAUUGAUAACCUAUUCCAUAUUUAUGAACCAUCCGUGAUCCAUCAAGAUUUCCCGCUCGAUCCAUCAACUCUCCUUCAACUUCCAGUUUGUUUCCAGUAGCUCCAACUUGACUAAUUCUACCAAUGCUACUGGAGUUUAAACCUUGAAAAAGCCAAUAAAAUGCGCCUACGUCGACUACGACUGUGACGACUGCCACUACCAGUACCAUCACCAACCUAGCUGUCUAGUAAGUUCAGGCAGCGGCCGGGUCAUGAGGGCAUACACGGCGACCCUCCCACACGUGGGCCGAAUUCAAACCAUCCGCGACUGCGCCACACUGAUCAGUUCGACCCGACCAAGCGCCGUGUGUCUGGCCUUUCUCUCUGUCCGUAAGCAAGGUGGUGCCUGGGCCCAA